CAUUUGUACCUUUCCGCUGUGGCCCUGCUCUGAGCACAUCUUGGUUGGACAGUGUCCGUGUCCUCUCCAUGUUCUCAUCUAAAGGGCCUCGUACACUGCAGGUGCUAUUGGAAUAAACACAGAACAUCAUCAGCAUUGACAUCAGCAUCAAGAAGGAUAAAUAGGGACCAAGAUAGAGCCCUGCAGUGAGACUGGGACUGAGUAAAAUGCACUUUGUUGUGGGUGGGAUUAUGUGAGCAAAAAAAGAGACUACGGUAAUUUGUGGGGAAACAAAAUGCAAGUUUAGCUACACCUGCUCUUUAAGUCAACCUUAUUAUUGAUCACUUAGUUUGAGCCUUUUUUACAAUUUAUGUCAAAAACCUAGGGCUGUAAGCAAUUUUUCCAUUAAAUGUUUUUCAAAAACCAACAAUAAUCCUGACAUAUAAAUUACUAGAAUGGUUACAAUGGUAUAUAUUUUCAUGUGCUAUAAUAUAUAUUCUGCUUAUUGUAUUUUUCACUCCAUGCAUCCAAUGAAGUAGGUUUUAGCCCAUGAAAGUUUAUGCCCAAAUAAAUUUGUUAGUUUCUAGGUGCCACAAGGACUCCUUGUUAUAUAUUAAAAAAAUACGUAGUAACCCUUUCCCUCAUUCCGAGAGAGAGUGGCAGCACUGACUGAAAAAGCGCCAUAUUAGCUAACUCCCACAAACACCUGCCCUCUAUGACAUGAAUCAGGAAAAGAGAGCAGACUAGACAGCGUCAUAGAAGCAUGUUGUCAGUAGGACUGUGCCGGUGCUCAGUAAGUAAACUUCUGAAUCUUUGUUCUACCCUUUUUCAAGACUCUCUUGUUUUUCCUCCUCUUUAUAUGUUAAGACUCUUGGUAAUAGUUCCUCUAACAAGGCUGUAGCUUUUUUGAUGGCUCGGAGAAGAGCCUUUUAUUUUUACUGUAUGUCUCCAAAGAUGUAGAAAAUAAGCACUGUGAAGUAACUCAAACAUAUGUAAGCAACUUAAUUAUACAUUUUAAAAACUUUUUAACAAAAACUGUGAUAAGUGACUCAAUUCAUUUGGUUUUCUCAGAAGAUAAUCAAGCUUAUAUGAAUUAAACUUUUCCUGUAAUUAAGACUUUGCAGCUUCUCUGCCAGUUUCCCUUUAAAAGGAUUCUUUUCUGUCAGACUCACAAACAAGCGAGCCCAGAAGGCUCUAGUCCUUGGUAAAAAUCUUUAACAACUGUCUCCUUUGACAGUUAGGCUGAAUUUUAUUGUUCUGUAAUGGUUAUAACCUUUCUUUAAAGGGGAAAAGAGGUUAUUACUUUUGUAACUCAUUUUUUUUUCCUUUAUAAGACAGAACAACAACAAACCUUAACUGGAAUAAAAUACUCUUUGAUUCUGGAGAGUAUUCAUUUAAAGACCUUUUUAAUUUCAUAUUGUCCAAUUUUUCCCUCCUCACUCACUAGUGGCCCAUUUUAUAUCUCGGGAGAAAAACGUCUUAAAUGUGCCCACUAUUCUUAAAGCCUGCCUCACAAUGGCUUGUCAGUGAUAGGUGUGCCUCCAGACCCUGAAUUCCUUCCCGAUUGACCCCAGAAAAUGAUGAAAGGGUCAAGAAAGUCUAACAGACAAAUUUGGGCUUCUCACUAGGCAGAAAGGAGGCGGGGUAAGGGGGGACUUUGUGUCUAAUACUACUUUCUGAUUGGUCCCUUCACAGGGCUAGGGGCAUAGCCGCCUGUCCAAAACUGAAUAGGGUAAUAGAUAUGUGUAUACUUAUAUUCUCCAACAAAGAACAGGAAGCCUCGGGUAUUUGGUGCAUCUAAUGAAGGCCAUGUGUAUUUUGCAGCAAGUUUAACCUAAUUUCACAGCAAGACCUAUGGUUUCUGUGGCACUACAGUGCUAACUUCUGUAGUGAAAUGAAAAUUCUGCAGCAGCAUCUGGAAAAUGUAGAAGUUACAGAGAAGCACAGUAGCUGGAUCUUUCUAAUACACUUACUGGUAAUGAAUAAUUAAAUUUCCGCAUUACAUUCCAGAGUCAGCAUCCAGUUAAGAUCAGCUUCUAUUCGGAUCAUAUUUGAAAGGUUAUCUCCACAGUCAUGAUGACUAGAAACUUGUUUUUUGAAAAUUAAAAGAUUGGAAUCUCCUGCACUCUUCUACAGAGAGUAAUUCUGUAGAAACUCAGGCAGUUUCAGCAUUGCAGAAUACACAGAGCCAUAUUUAUAUAACCCAAGUACCCUCAACAGUAUCUAAUGACAAACACCCUUCUUGGGAUGUCUUCUCCCCACUGACAAGCACACCCAAGAGUACCAUGUGUUUGCCUAAAAGUGCAAACCACUUUUCCCACCCCUACCAGUUCAUUAUGAUUGUCAAUCUGUACUGAUAAGAAACUCAGAACCAAAGUAGCAGGGGCUGUUGCAUGUGGACCCAGAGGACAUCUGAUGUAAUCCCCCUCCCCCCCCCAUCACUUGUGGCUCUGAAAACCAUGUGGUGUAACCUUCGCUGUCCUGUCUCUUACAGAUCAAUAGACUAUCGCUAAAGCUGCAAGUUUGUCACAGAAGUCAUGGCUCCGUGACUUUCCAUGACUUCUGCAGCGGCCAGUGUGGCUGGCUCCGGAGCUGCCUGAGCAGCUCAGGCAGCCUUUGGGCACGUCGCACUGUCUGCUGCUGGGGCAGUCUUAGGCCACCGCUCCCCACACCCAAUAGCAGAAGGAGGAGUUUGAGUCGGGGAGGUGGAAUAUGUGAAGCAUGGAGCCCUUGGAGCUGGGUAGUGCUGGUGUACUUCAUGAGCAAAACUCCAUUCAUGUCCUGACAACAAAGGCACUGACCAGUCCCUGCCUUCCUUAAAGGAAAGCCCAGAAAGUACAUUCUAUUGAAGAAUCUCCAUUUGAAAGGGGCACAGAACAAGAGCACAGCCACUUAAAUCUUAACAGUCAUGGAGGACACUGGUAACAGCCAGGAGGAGAUAUUGACCUCCAGAAAUGAAACAGCAGCAGACAAAGCCUCUCUACUAAACAAUGCUGUCCGAAACCAUUCAAUAGAUACAGUCCGGCAGCUGUUGAAAGAAGGAGCAGAUGUUAAUUCCAAGGUAGAAGGUGGUUGGACACCUCUGCACAGCGCUGUACAGGCUGAUGAGGAAGAGAUCGUUGAUCUUCUGCUGGAGAAAGGUGCUGAUCCGUGUGCUAGGAAGAAAAAUGGUGCCACUCCCUUUGUUGUUGCAGGGAUAGUGGGAAAUGUGCGACUUUUAGAGCUCUUCCUUUCUAAGGGGUCAGAAAUCAAUGAGUAUGAUGACAAUGGUUUCACAGCUUUUAUGGAGGCUGCUGGCUAUGGGAAUGAGGAUGCCUUAAGAUUCUUAUACAAUAAUGGGGCAGAUGUGAAUUUGAGGAGGGUGGUUAACGAGGAGAAAAGGACACUGAAUAAAGGGGGGGCAACAGCCCUGAUGGAUGCUGCCAGGAAGGGCCACCUCUCAGUUGUAAACAUUCUUGUCAGUGAGAUGAAGGCUGACAUGAACAUCUGUGACAACCAGGACAGGAAUGCUUUAAUCUAUGCCUUCCUUCCAAGUGAUAACAAGACAAGGGAGUCAAUUCUCCCAAUAGUUCAUUUCCUGCUGGAUUGUGGUGUUGAUGUGAACAGAAGAGAUGAACAUGGGAAAACUACCCUCAUCCUGGCAGUCGAGAUGCAAAGUCUGGAUUUGGUGAAAGCUUUAUUGGAGAAGAAUGAAGUUGACAUCAAUGAUGCUGACAGAGAGGGCGAAACAGCACUGAUGAUAGCUGUAGAGAAAAACUAUUACGAAAUAGCAAAGCUACUGUGUGAAAGGGGGGCAAGGACCGACCUUGGGGACCUUAUUGGGAUUGUCAAUAGGAAAUACAAUAAGAAAAUGGCAGAUCUUCUUCGCCUGUACGGCGCCAAGGCUGGUCCAAGUCAACCUCAAGAUUGGGAACCCACCAGCAAACGCUGGGGAGAGCAGCUGAAAGUUCUCUACAACAUGUAUCGUCCUAUGAUUGGAAAACUUAAAAUCCUCCAACAUAAUGAUUUCAGGAUUCAGAGAACCUCCCAAGGGGGCAUCUACCUGGGACUCUAUGAUGGGAAAGAGGUGGCUGUGAAGAUAUUCUGCAUUGGCACAGAAAUUGCUAAACAAGAGAAAAUGUGCCUUGAACAAUGUCUGACCAGCAACCAUUUAGUAAAACUUUUUGGUGCUGAAGAAAAGAAACCCUGCCUGUACUUGUGCCUCUCGCUCUGUGAGAAGAACCUUGAAGAACACCUGAGUGCAUCAGAGAAUGAAGUGAAUUGCAAGGGUGUUCUUAAGACACUCUUUGAGGCAGUUCAAGAACUACACAUGUUUGGAUUUGGCCAUCAGGAUCUACACCCACGUAACAUUUUGAUAGAUGCUGCUGGUAAAGUUCGCUUAGCGGAUUUUGAUAAGAGCAAAAGAUUGAGUGAAGGACAGAAGGAUGAUGUUAUAAUCAAAGACCUGAAGGCGCUCAGCAGGCUGGUCUUGUAUGUUGUAACAGUGGGUAAGGUCCCCUUUGAGGAAAAUAAUAGAGAUGAUUUGGAUGAAAGUUGUCCAGAGGACGUGCAGGACUAUGUGGAGAUAGCAGACCUUAGGAAAAGUCUGGUCUCUCCUGGUGAAGGAAGCCCAGUUGAGAACCUGCUGAGAGACUUGAUCCAACAUCCCUUUUUCUGGAGCAAGCAGAUCAGGUACAGGUUCCUGAGAGACGUUGGGAAUGAGAGCGAUAUCAAAACACGCAACACCAAGCAUCACAACAACAAGAGUGAGAUUCUGAAAGCUUUGAAUUGUGAUGGGCACCCUCUGCAGCAGUGGACUGAGCAGAUUGACAAAUUGGUUCUGGAUAGCAUGCUCAAGCACUUCAAGAACAAGAAGAAACAGUAUGAAAACUAUGUCACGGACCUACUGAGGUUCAUCAGGAACAUGGGCGAGCACUUUGAUGAGAGGGAAGAAAAGGUCAAGGAAAUAAUCAAGGAGCCCUCGGAGUAUUUCAUGAACCUAUUUCCAGAACUGACAGUUUAUGUCUACAAGGGUUUAUGCAGCAUACAGCAUCGUAGACAUUUUCCAAGCCCUGAGAGUCUUUCUCAGGUGUAGCAUGUUCUAUCGCUUCAGGUUAUGGCUGAAUCCCAUUGACUAACUUCCUUUUCAGCACCAUUUCGUUCAUUUGCCAAAAAGUGUCAUACAAAGCAGGAAAGGGGCUGGGUGGGCAGAGAAUAUCGGAAUUUCUGUCAGUGGAUCUGGUUUCUGGAUUCAGCACUGAAGCACUCAGUGGUAAAGAUGCUAUGUUUGAGUGGGGUCAUGGAGGACAAUUACAUUGAGGAAAGGAAGAACUAAGUGCUAGAAGGGCAAGUACCAGGUCUGGGGUUGGGGCUGCAGGAUAGGCACCCCUCUCCCAGCAGGUCUGGGCCUGGGGAGGGGCACCCCAGCCGCGCCUGGAUCAAGGCUGGUCCGGGCCACGUCUGGGUGCCAUGGCAGGUCCAAGCCACAGAGGGUCACGUGGGGAGGUCAUGUGUCCCCCCCUUAGCUGGUACCCCCCCACCAUAUUGGUAAGAAAUGGAUUCUACUUGCACCACUGCUAACCCUAGCCCUGAGAGCACCACCUUGGGAACCCAUCCCUUUCCCAACAAGUUCAGAGUGGGGGAGGAACCUUGACAGCUCCUAUGGGUGGGGUACUUGGAGCUUGGUUCGGGUUCCUAUCAGUAGGCUUCCCUGGGCUAGGGUUUUAGUGAAUAGGGCUCCCUGGGCUAGGGGUAGGUUGCAAAUGGUAUGAUUUUUCAGGAUAGGGUUAGGGUUCCAGUGGUUAGUGCUCCCCUGGGUAGGGUUAUGAUUUCAAAUGGCAGGACGUGUCAGAAUAGAAUGUUUCAAGGGGUUAGGGGUCUGUGCACAAGGGUCUUGUUCCAGAGAACAACGCUCCCCAAACGAGGGUUCCAAACGGUAGGACGUGUUGGGAUAGGGAUUGGGUUCCCAAGGUGGUGCUCUUAGGGCUAGAGUUAGCAGUGGUGCAAGUAGAAUCCUAGUACGGGAGGGGGGGCACCAGCUAAGGGGGGACACAUGACGUCCCCACGUGACCCUCCAUGUCACUGCUCCCCACUCCACCCUGGGGACCCUACGCUCUCCCCAUCCCCUCCCCUUGAUGACGGAGAAAGAGGGAGGAGUACGGGGUCCUUGGAGCAUUUAGUCCUCCUUUCUAUCAUUGAGUCCCCCUCUUGGAAAACAUUUCCAGCUGAUAUUCAGAAGACAGUGUCAGAAUAUUCCCCGGUGGUUUUCCCACCUGUUUCCUAGUCCUCUGUCUCCCUUCCUGCUUGAUGGCUCUGUUUACAGCUUAAAUGCAAAUUAAGCAGAGCACACGUUCCUGAGACAGACCUGUUGCCAUCCACAGUUUGGAACAUGUGUUAAUUACAUCAUACAGGGAAAUCGUGUAAUUUCACAUACGGCAUUGCCACACACAUUUUAUUAGGACAGUAUUGACCAGCUAAUCUUCAAAUGAUACUUACAAGACAUGUCUUGGACAAGGAUUAUUACAAUUGUGCGUAGGGUGUAGACACAAGUACAUUGUCACACUGCCAUCCUGUAUCUGUGCUGUGUAUUCACGGUCAGGUUUGGCUUCCCUCUCACCUGAGCAGGCAGGUCCUUUUGUUCCCAUGGGCUCUGCCCACCAAUCCCAGUUAUCAACUAGGCUGGCAUUACAUUUAUAUUUUGUAUAAAGCAUAAAAGACAACUUGCUGUGAGGGGAGUCCUAGCUUCAACGCCAGCCUGGGCUCUUUAAUCUUUCCUCCCCAGAGAGCAGCUUUCCAGCUCUCUCGAGAUCUGUCUUUGUAGUUGGGAUUGAAAACUAAUUAAACUGGGCCUUUCUCUUUUAAAUGUUGCAUAAAUACCAGUAACAGCUGGAUGAGUGACAGGCCCAGGUAUACAGUUGUAUAGUUGUUUUAUAAGCAGUUGUUUCACUAGAAGUUGGAGAGACAUUUACGACGUGUAUUUAAUGCAUCCAGUUGGUAAUCUCAUACAUUUUCAUUUUAAUGCUACACCAUUAUGAGAGUCUGGAACUAUUUCUAUGUAAUAUGGAAACCAGGGAGCUGAUGUUGCAAAAUCUUAUGAUUAUAAGUAAUGCUGAAUCCUGUGAGUGGGCUCACUGAAGCCAAAGGGAGUACUGGGAUAAGUAAGUAUUAUAUGUAAGUAAGGCUUUACAGGGUCUGCCCCCAGAAUCAGCACAGCACUGAUGCAGAAGCUUUGAUGCAUGAGGUCUGGCAGGAGUGAAUAUAUUUUCCUGUAUCUAUUCACAAUACACAUAUUGAUGCUUAUGAUAUGUAAUCAGUGCAGUUAGAUGCCUGCAGCGUUCUUUGCUUUUUCAACUGUACCUGCUUUCUCCCUUAUCUGAUAUACGCAGUUAUUGGAUUUUUGUCUUUUACACUGAGAUUUUUGUCAUCAGUAUUCCCAGAUAAAUCUGGAAUAAACUCAGUUGGACAAUCA